CUCGGUGUCCGUACAUGUUGUGAGGCUGACGUCAGCUCUCGGAGGGCGGGGCUCAGCCGCACCCGGAAGCGUUUGAGAGUGCCGGGCAGAAGAAGUGCUGGAAAUUCGGUUCUUCACAGACUGUUGAAUGAAACCUCCUGGUCUAUAUGUGGGAUACAGAUGGCGGGAAGAAUGACAGAUGACAAUGAUGUCCUACGAAAAGUUUGGUAUGGGAGAAUACCAACGUGCUUCACAUUAUAUCAGGAUGAGCUAACAGAAAGAGAAGCUGAACCAUAUUAUUUACUUUUACCUCGCGUGAGCUACCUUACCCUGGUAACCGAUAAGGUUAAGAAACAUUUUCAGAAAGUUAUGCGGACAGAAGAUAUCAGCGAAAUUUGGUUUGAAUACGAAGGCAGUCCUCUGAAAUGGCAUUACCCAAUUGGUUUACUUUUUGACCUACAUGCAGCGAAUACAUCUUUACCUUGGGGCAUCACUGUCCACUUUAAGAGUUUUCCAUCAAAAGACCUCUUGCAUUGCCAAUCAAAAGAUGUGAUUGAAGCACACUUUAUGUCUUCUGUGAAGGAAGCCGAUGCUUUGAAACACAAGAGCCAAGUUAUCAAUGAAAUGCAGAAGAAGGACCAUAAACAGUUGUGGAUGGGUUUGCAGAAUGAUAAAUUUGACCAAUUUUGGGCCAUAAACCGAAAGCUUAUGGAGUAUUCCACAGAAGAAGGGGGAUUCCGUUACAUACCUUUUCGGAUAUACCUGGCCAACAGUGACCGUCCUUUUGUACAAAAAUUAUUUCGACCUGUUGCCAAUGAUGGUAAUCCAAACACACUUGGAGAUUUAAUAAAGGAAGUUUGCCCUGCAGCUCUGCCCCCUGAAGAUGGAGAAAAGAAGUAUCAGGUGAUGAUCCAUGGUAUAGAGCCUAUGCUGGAGACUCCCAUGCAGUGGCUCAGUGAAUAUUGCAGCUAUCCGGACAACUUCCUCCACAUAAGUGUUGUUCCGCAGCCCACUGACUGAAGGACAUGUGGCACUCAAGUGAAAGAGACCAUCACAUUUGGAGAGGAUUUUCCUAACUCAAGUCAAAGCAUGAGUUAUGGUUGACAAAGACCUAAUUGAGCUCUUGUGAGCUGUAAGUAUGACAUUGACGGGUUUGCUCUGCCACAACUUGAGCCUGGUUGGAACAAGGAGAUCUGCUUGAGACUACCUGCUGCCUUGUAGCUCAGCACACAACCUAAUGAUCAGAGAGUCAGUGACAGCAUGUGCCUCCUGUUCCUGGUUUAUACUAACUAGUGUGCUGCAUUCUUUUCUACUUGUUUUCAACUGUUUACCCAAGGUUCAACUUUUUUUUUUAUAUAUAAAAGGGAAAAUGAUUGCUUUGAUCUGCUGGUUAAUUCAACAUGGAAAAAGCAUUGAAAGAUGUAUGAGUAAAACAUGAAAUCUAAGUAACAGAAGCUGUGCUGGUGGUGUUCCUGUUUACAAUGUAUUAUAGUAAACUCUAUAACAAAUUUUAACAGAGCAUGAGUGAGAUUUAUAUUCUUAAAAAGACUAUAUUCUUCAAAUCAUAUAUGUUAUGCUGAUGAAGGAAAAAAAUAAGACUGGCUAGGACAAUGUAAUAUCUUCCAACAGAGAGCAUUUAGCUGCAUAUGAACCGGAAAAAAAAAUACUUUUUUAGUUUUAUUUUUACUGGCAGUGUCUCUGCAGCACAGCACAUGUAUACACUUACAUAAUGAUGUUUUUUUACACUUCUGUAUAAGAAAAUCUGCAGGAAGGUUUUCUUUUUCAGUCUUCUAUCUUGUGUCUGAAAAUGGAUACUUGUCUAUUUAGUUAUCAUGACCUUCUUAUUGCUGUUAGCUUUGAUAUGCUAGUUCAGUGUUACCCAUACAUGUCCUGCAGCAGUGCAACUUCACCAAUGUGUAUAUAGGGUAAUUAGUGUUUAUGAUAUAGCCACAUAAACUGUUGUGGGCACUCGAGGACAGGUUUGGGAAACGCUAGUGUAUGUAAUAAAUAUUUUAAUCAAAUAAUUAACGAAAGUGAGAUCCACAAUUGCUAAUAAAAGCAUUAUUGGAAGGAGGUCCCCUCCAUGUAACUUAACAGAAGCAAAGGAAUUAUAUUUAUCUGUUCGUAAAACUGUGAACUGUCUAGAACUGUUAGCUUUGAUUCUUUCUGGUAGUGUCAAAUGCUGACCCGCACCCUCCCAUAUUGUGCCAUCGGCCCAUUAGUCUGAUUAAUACCCUUACUAGAUGACAGAGGACCUCUGGAGGAAGGUGGGGGUUAGGGGCAGCCUUCAACACACCAGUGUUGUCAGAGGUUGCAGAUUGAAGCACUCUGGGAUUUUGAGGGUCCUGCAGCAUUCUUCCACUUUUUUUUAGCAACUGCAAACUUUAAUCCACAAUUAUUUGUAUAUUACAGACAAAUGUAAUAAUUAUAAUGAGCUAUUAAAUGUUUGUCUUUAUGAGUGGUGACAUGUAUACAAUGCACAGCUGCGGUGGUCGACAUCAGUGUACAAUCUGAUGAUAAAAUAUUCUAUAGCCUUACCAACAAUCAGCUGUAUAGUGGAAGAGCUUACCUGGCUGGGUACAAGCUGACUUAUUUACGAAGACUGCUGCACUAUAUAGUUGUUAUCAAAAUGAUGGGAUAUUGCAAUAUGUGCGGGCAGUGUUUCCCUACUACAAGAUAGGGAGUGCAGCUGCAUUAUUAAUAUCUUGCAAGCCUUUGAAGAGAAUUGAAAAACUUGUACAGUUAGGGCUUUUGCACAGAGCCGCCUGCUGUAAAAAUCAGGUGUAUUUCUCCACUCGGGAGCCACAGGUGCUGCUUACAGCUUUCCAUAGAAACCACUGGCUGUAUGCUGCUACCUGCAUAAACAUGCACAUACGUAUGAAUGUACAACCCUGGGCACAGUCUGCAUCUAGGGUUGUACGCAUGCGCAUGUUUACACAAGUACUGUUGUAUACCUGUGUACAACCAUUGCUUUUUAUGGGCAACUAUACCCAGCACCUGUGGCUCUCGGGUAGUAAAAUAUGCCCAAAUUUUACAGCAUGCCACCAUGUACAUGAACCCUUACACACAUGGCAUUUUCUAGGCAGGUUCAACCUGUUUUUGAACACAAACACAAUCAGUUGCAGCAAGGCAACCUAUAAGUAACAGUUCUAAUUUUUGUUAUAGAAACUGUUGGCAACAGGUUACUUUGAUCCAUUCAGUCUGUUUAGCGAUUGAAAGUGGUUGAAAAAGUCUGAAAAUGCUGUAGGAUUUAGUGUAUGCAGUAACAGAAUAAAAGUUUUAUUUUAUUUUUGUAAGAUAUGUUUUUGUUAUGCACUUUCAAAUGAGAUUGAAAAUAUGAGUAAAACAAAUCUGUGCAUUGUGUGUUUUCUUUCUCCUUCAAAGUGUAUUUGGUAUGUCAGGUUUGUAAAAUCAGUUAAUUUUCUUAUGUCUAUCACACUUUGUAAAACUGGUACUGCACAUAGAAUUUUUGCCAAAAUAAGAUGUCUUUUCUUAGCAAUGAAAAGUAGGUGAAACUCUUUGAAAACAAUUUCCAUAUGAUAUGUGAUGUAUGCCGAGACUGUGUGCGUAAAUCCAGACACCGAAAAACAUCAUAUCCUGGAGUUCCCUUAAUAUGAAGAAGGGUAAACUAACGUGACAAGCAAAACACUGCCUAUUGAUCAAUUGGAAAGCAUUUCAUCACCUUCCCAGUAACGGAUGUGACAUGUUAUUAGCCAGUUAAAUAAAGCUUUUGCAGCUAUUUGCUGUUAA